UCUCCUCUCCUCUCCUCUCUUUGCUGCCGUGAGUGCUAUGUACUACAGAUCCGCUUCACUACUCUGGUGAAUUUUCUUCUCAAAGUUAAAGUCAAGCGUUUUCAAGUGAAAAAAGCUAUUUUUCUAUCACUUUUUGUUUUAAAAAAGCACGAAAGAAUUGAACUUGGAGAAGACAUCAGCCUGUGCAAGAAGAAGAAGAGAGGAACAGAGGCAGACUGAAAAGAAGAGAAAAAGAAAGGAAUAAAAAAAGAGAGACAGAGCGAAGCAAAGAGAAGCAUGUCUCUGGAAGUGAAGGCGAAGACGGAGGUGCGCCUGGUGUUCCUGGGCGCCGCCGGCGUGGGCAAGACGGCGCUGAUCCGCCGCUUCCUGGAGGACUCGUUCGAGCCCAAGCACCGGCGCACGGUGGAGGAGCUGCACAGCAAGGAGUACGAGGUGGGCGGCGCCAAGGUGACCGUCCACAUCCUGGACACCAGCGGCAGCUACCCGUUCCCGGCCAUGCGCAAGCUCAGCAUCCAGACGGGCGACGCCUUCGCGCUGGUCUACGCCGUGGACGACGCCGACUCGCUGGAGACGGUCAAGGGCCUGCGCGAGGAGAUCCUGGAGGUCAAGCAGGACAAGUGCACGCCCAUCGUGGUGGUGGGCAACAAGUCGGACCGCGGCGGCGCCGAGGAGCGCAAGGUGGCCGGCGAGGACGUGCUGACCACCGUGGAGCUGGACUGGAACAGCAGCUUCCUGGAGGCCUCGGCCAAGGACAACCAGAACGUGCUGGAGGUGUUCCGGGAGCUCCUGCAGCAGGUGAACCUGCCCAGCCGCCUGAGCCCCGCGCUGCGCCGCCGCCGAGAGACCUUCCCCAAGGACAGCAGCGCCCGGCCGCCCAUGAACAAGGCCAACAGCUGCACCAUCUCCUAACCACACACACACACACACACAUACACAUGCAGCCGCCCGAGACGUGGCAGGACCAAGUGUAAGGCUCUUGAUAGUGUGUGUGUUUCUGUGUGUGUGUGUGUGUGUCUAUGUGUGUUCAGAGACACACGAUGCACACAGUCACUCACACACACACACUCUUGGCCCGAGAUAGUGUUUUGAUGAAGCAGGUGAGCCGUGCAAAGAGAGAACAGAACUUAUUGCAUUUGACUUGAAGCUCUUUGCAGCUGCGUUGCCAGCCAGCAACCACUCUGUGACAGUUUGUGCCUAGGCAGGAGAGAGCCACACACAGACAGGGCCUGCAGGAGACAGUGCCAGAGAAGAGCACAAGGAAGCAGGAACGAACAUGGACUGCAUCGCCAAUUGGAAGAAAUAUGAUAUUUGGUUGUGUUGUGAGGAAUAUGUGAAGAAUGUACAAAGUACUAUUGUGUUGUGAAGGGGAGGGGGGAAACCCUACUCGCACAUGUGCCAUACCUAAUCCAAAACCUGUUCAGUUGAUAGUGUAUGUGUGUGUGUGUGUGUGUGUGUGUGUUUGUGUGUGUGUGUGUGUGUGUGUGUGUGUGUGUGUGUAAGAGAAAAGAAAGCUUAGUAUGCUUAAAUGUAUGAUCAAGACCACGCUGCUUCAUACAAGUUGUCUCGGCAUUGGCAAAAUUGGGAUACUUUUCACUUUCUAUUGCCACAGCUGAAUGUACUUGUAUAAAAAACCUUAACGUAUGUGAUGUACUAUGUACUAUGAAGUGAACCUAUAAGAAUAUUUCUUCUUUGUCACGUAUGUUAAUGUUUGAGAACAGAGUUGCUUGUAUCCUAAUGCAAUGGUGAGGUAGCAUAGCAAACCACUGGUUCUCAGCAGUGUGUUGUUCAUUGCAGUUGUUGACUUGCACAUUCAUGUGGUAACUUAAUCUAUGCUUUUUUUUAAACAACACUGAAAACCAGUGGUUGCUAUGUGAUUGAUAUUUGGUUUGGAGGUUUGACAGCUGGAAAUAAAAAGAAAAUAAUAAAUAAAUAAAAAAAACAU